AUGAGUUUUCAACCAGCAUCAUCGUCGUCAUCAUCACCAUAUUAUUCAUCAGAUGUAUCAAAUUCGAAUUAUUUAACUCAUACUAACACUGAUUUAAGCGAUAAUCAUGUUGAUAGAGAAUAUUUUCAGCAAAAAAUUUAUUAUUAUUUGAAUGAAUUACGUAAUUUUGUUCAACAAGCUCCUUUUGAUAUUCAAACAGGAAUUUCGGAAGAUAUGAUCACACAAUUAGCGCAUAUAUUAGCAGAGGGUAAAAUAUUUCCAACAGUUUCUGAGUUAGUCAGUAGUCAACGUGUAGAAGAACAAAUAUUGCAUAAACAAUUGAUUGAUUUACGUGCUGAACAAUCUGCUUGUCGAUCUGCUUUAAGACGAAAACAUAAAGAAGAAAUGUCUAUGAAUGCAUCUCGACCACAUCAUCUACCGGUGUUACAAAAAGAACAUGAACAAGAAAUGCACCGUUUAUUGAAAAAUCAAACUGAUGCUUUACGUAAUCUAUCAUUAAGAAUAUUGGAUUCAUUAGAUGGACGUGUUGUUGAACAACAGCUAACUUUAGAACGUAUAGGUGUCCCAGCAUUUCUUCGAACAACAAAUGCUCAGAUAAUACGUAUUCAAAUGAGAAUCUUAGAUUGGAUUGUACGUUUAAGUCGUCGAUCAUUACCACAAUCUUCAAGUUUAUCGACUCCUGAAACUAUAUCAUCUACAUGGCCUCCAUGA